AUGAUUACCCUCAAUAUCAGCUACACAGAACCAGUCAACCCCCCUGACCCGUCUAUCCAGAAGCUCACAUCUAAACAGGUCUGGAACGGGUUGGUGCUCAAGAUCCGGCGCCCCCAGGAGUUUAUUCCCGCCAUUGACGAAUGUCGUGUUGUGGAGGAGCGGGACAAUGGAUCGUAUAUCUUGAGGGAAGCGCACGUCGCUGCGAACCUUGAACGUUCCCCGAUGGCGGGCAAAUAUGUCCGGGAGGAAUGCAGAUUGCAUGAGCCCACCUGGACUCACUUCACCCUUCCUGAUGGUUCAGAGGUCCAGAAUAUCGUCUCAGUUGGCCCUGAUCAGGCACUCUAUCUCACCUACACGUACAAAUGGCGGCUGUCUGAUAUCGAAGCUGGGACAAGUGAGGCGAAAAAGGCAGAGGAGGAUCACUUGGAAAUCGCAAAGACGUCGGUUCAAGGAACGCUCAAAGCAAUGAGGGUAAUGGUUGAGAAGGGCAUUUUAUGA